UUUGUUCUUUUAAUUUCCCCCGCACCUCUGUCACAAACCCAUCUCUUUCCUGGUUCCUGAGACAUGGGCUCCCCAUGGCUGGCCGAGAACCGGUUGGGAACACACUUCUUGAGACAAGCGACAGGUGAGCCCACUGCUCCCCAGCCUGACAGUCUGAGACAAUGCCCAUGCCUUCCAGAGACAGAGACCUGCAUCCUGGACACCACUUUGGCACCUGCAGCCCCUUGAGCCAGCUCUGGCCUGGUCCGGAACCUCAGUCUGUCAAGGGCCUUUACUACCGCAGGGCCCGAAAGGUGGGCACCCUGGAUGCCUCUCCAGAGGCCGACCUGAAGAAGGAGAUCCUGGUGAACGUAGGUGGCCGCCGGUACCUGCUGCCCUGGAGCACCCUGGAUGCCUUCCCCCUGAGCCGCCUGAGCAGGCUCCGGCUGUGCCGUACCUAUGAGGAGAUCACGCAGCUCUGCGAUGACUAUGAUGAGAACAACCAAGAAUUCUUCUUUGACAGGAACCCCAGCGCCUUCGGGGUGAUCGUGAGCUUCCUGGCCGCUGGGAAGCUGGUGCUUCUGCGGGAGAUGUGCGCACUGUCCUUCCGGGAGGAGCUGAGCUACUGGGGCAUCGAGGAAGCCAACCUGGAGUGCUGCUGCCUGCGCAAGCUGCUGAAGAGGCUGGAGGAGAUGGCCGAGCUGCGCAGGGAGGAGGCUGUGCAGCGCCAGCAUCAGCACCAGGCCUGCCGCUCUGAAGUGCAUGCUUCGCGCUGGGCCCGGAGCAUGAACCAGCUGCGUGAGAUGGUGGAGGACCCACAGUCGGGGCUGCCCGGGAAGGUCUUUGCCUGCCUCUCCAUUCUCUUCGUGGCCACCACGGCUGUUAGCCUGUGUGUGAGCACCAUGCCUGAUUUCAGGGCUGAGGAGGACAAGGGAGAAUGCGCUAGAAAGUGCUACUACAUCUUCGUGGUGGAAACCAUCUGUGUGGCCUGGUUCUCCCUGGAGUUCUGUCUGCGCUUUGUCCAGGCCCCAAACAAGUGUCAGUUCUUCCGAGGACCCCUGAAUGUCAUCGACAUUCUAGCCAUCUCCCCGUACUACGUGUCGCUCGCGGUGUCUGAGGAGUCCCCGGAGGCAGGCGAGAGGCCGAGUGGCAGCUCUUACCUGGAGAAAGUGGGGCUGGUGCUGCGUGUUCUGCGUGCUCUACGCAUCCUCUACGUGAUGCGCCUGGCCCGCCACUCGCUAGGGCUGCAGACCCUGGGCCUCACUGUGCGGCGCUGUGCCCGAGAGUUUGGUCUCCUGCUUCUUUUCCUGGGUGUGGCAGUUACCCUCUUCUCCCCUUUGGUCUACGUGGCUGAGAAUGAGUCCGGAAGGGUCCUGGAGUUCACUAGCAUCCCCGCAUCCUAUUGGUGGGCCAUCAUUUCCAUGACGACGGUGGGCUAUGGAGACAUGGUCCCUCGCAGCGUGCCGGGCCAGAUGGUGGCUCUGAGUAGCAUCCUUAGUGGGAUUCUCAUCAUGGCUUUUCCAGCCACAUCUAUCUUUCACACCUUCUCCCAUUCCUACCUGGAGCUAAAGCGAGAGCAGGAGCAGAUCCAGGCCCGCCUCCGGCGUCUUCAAAACACCAACUCGGCCAGCGAGCGGGAGCUCUUGAACGACGUAGAUGACCUGGUCCCUGAGGGCCUGACCUCCCCGGUCCGCUACAUGUAAUUCCCACCACCUUAGCAGUGUGCAAUCACUUCAACCCAGGCCGUGGCU